AUGAUCCUCAGCAAACCUGUACUGUGUAGCACCCUUUUGGGGUUGCUGGCCACAGCUCCUGGGACAUCGGCUCAUACCUGGAUCGAACAGUUGAUGGUUCUUGCUCCGAAUGGUACUAUGGUCGGUGAACCAGGCUUCGCCCGGGGCAAUGUCUUGCGUGGCACUUCUGGUUUCAGUGACCCAGCCAUGGUCAACCUGAUUCCACCGGACGGUCGAACAAUCAAUGACAUCCAACCAGCCGACCUGAUGUGCAAAUCUACCCAAACUUCUCAAACUCAAACCGAUGGUAGCCCCAGACUGCAGGCAGCUCCUGGCUCCGCCGUUGCUUUGAGAUUUCAAGAGAAUGGUCACGUUACUCUUCCCGACAACCAACCCGGCAAACCUCCAAAUCGAGGAACCGUCUUCGUCUAUGGUACCACUCAGCCAAGUCCGGAUGAUUCUUUCCUUGCCAUUCAUCGUGUGUGGAAUGCGGAUGGUACCGGUGGUGAUGGACGUGGUGUUCUUCUAUCCACUCGAGACUUUGAUGAUGGUCAAUGUUAUCAAGUCAAUGGUGGUCAAAUCUCUCAGCAACGUCAGCAACAAUUCCCACAUACACCCAACAGUCUGAUGGGUGCCGAUCUUUGGUGCCAGCAAGACAUCGAGAUUCCGUCCGAUGCUCCGACUGGCCAGCCUUACACGCUCUACUGGGUGUGGGAUUGGCCAACUCUACCGGGGACGGCCGGUUUCCCCGAUGGCAAGCAGGAAAUCUACACCACGUGCAUGGACAUCGACAUUGUAGACGAUACCGGUGUGGAUCCUGUUUCCAAGGUCCAAGCCAGCUAUGCUCAAGGUCAACCUCUUGAAAAUGCUGGUAUUGCCGAGCAAUUGGCAGAUAUCGCCAAUCCCACUGCCGUCACAGGUCAGACUAUUCCAUUUGCCCGAGGCUCCACUUCAUUUUCUUCUCGGUCUGUACCGGCGACUGCCUCUCAAUCGCUAACAUCUUCUCCUACAGGUUCCACCAUCGGAUUCUCAGCAUCGGCCACAGGUCCCGUUCCGGGAGGUGCCAGCGAAGCUAGCGUCGCCGCUGCUACCGAAUCCCAGACCGGUGUCCCUGGCUUCUUGAGUGUGCAUACCGGCUCUACUGCUGGUCCUGGUCUUGAAACUCAAUCGUUUACCGUCAUUCCCAUCAGCGUGACCGCCACCGAUGGCGCACAGCAACCUCAACAGACUGAUGGCUUUGCUCAAGACGGUAGGGGUAGUAAUGGUCGUGGCGAUGACAGCGACGGUACGGCCACCAUCGAAAUUGAUUCGUCUUCCCCUUCUUCUAUUUCUGUUGUGCCUUUACUGAUCGAUUUCGAUGAUGAUGAUACAGGUGCUCAAGUCACUCCCGCAGCAAACGCCAAUGCUGUCGUUGCCACGUUCACUGAGUAUGAAUCUGUCACCGAGACACUUUAUCAGACUGUGUACAACAUAGUCUACACCAAGCGUGACGGUAUACCUCCCUUUCCCAUGUCUCAACGAUUCACCUGGUGCUUCCCCUACUGGUGGCUAUCAAAGUGGUCAUGCAGCCCCGACAGAUAG